UGCCCGGUCUGGUCGCCGGGGCCAGGGCUGGGUUCCCUCAUGUAUGGCAAGAGCCCUUCGUGUGCUGGGCUGCUUCUCCUUGGCAUACAGCUCACAGCCCUUGCGCGGAUAGCUGCAGUGGAAAUUUACACCUCCCAAGCACUAGAGGCUGUCAACGGGACAGAUGUUCGGCUAAAAUGCACUUUCUCCAGCUUUGCCCCUGUGGGUGAUGCUCUGACAGUGACCUGGAACUUCCGGCCUCGAGAUGGGGGGCCUGAGCAGUUUGUAUUCUACUACCAUGUGGAUCCCUUCAAACCCAUGAGUGGGCGUUUCAAGGAUCGGGUGGUCUGGGAUGGGAACCCUGAGCGGUACGAUGUCUCCAUCAUCCUGUGGAAGCUGCAGUUUAAUGACAAUGGGACAUACACCUGCCAGGUGAAGAACCCACCUGACGUUGAUGGGCUGAUAGGGGAGAUUCGGCUCAGCGUCGUGCACACUGUCCGCUUCUCUGAGAUCUACUUCCUGGCCCUGGCCAUUGGCUCUGCUUGUGCACUGAUGGUCAUCAUAGUAAUCGUGGUGGUCCUCGUCCAGCAUUUCCGGAAGAAGCGCUGGGCUGAGAGAGCUCAUAGAGUGGUGGAGAUAAAACCAAAAGAAGAGGAAAGGCUCAACCAAGAAAAAAAGGUCUCCAUUUAUUUAGAAGACACAGACUAACAUUCUUAGAUGGAAGCUGAAGAUUCCCAAGAACAAGAACUUUAGGAUAAGCUGAAGUUGAUGGAAGCUUUUCUUUGGCUUUUUCAGUUGUGACCUGUCUUCCAAGCAGCUCUGCAGUACAUAACCAUCUAGAUGAGCAACAUCUCUCUGAAGCUGGCAAAGGCCCUCUUGAGCAGAUACCAACAAACUCACACACAGUCUAUUACUAAGGUUUUAUUUAAUUUCAAAGUGCAAAUAUUUUUCAAAUGCCCAUUAUUAGCCUUUUAUACUAAGAAGCUACAUUUUUGCCCUUAAACACUCCUUGUGGAUUAUUAAUUGUACACACAUACAUUGGUAUCAAAUGAGAUGAAAGCCAACUUGUCUGUCAUGUUUCCUUUAACAUAC